GAGCUCUUUGAAUGAACGUCUUCAUAAAGGUCGUCAGCUGAUUGGCAGAAUGAACAGAAAUUCGUGGCUGCUGUGUAGCUGCUGUCGACUGUUAUCAGACAAGAUACUUGUUUAUCUCUGCCAGUCUGCUAUGAAGGGAUAAAACACUUUGUUGCAGCUACUGUGUUGUACUUUAAUUGUGCUCGUUAGCUGCAAACUCAGUUGCCUGCUGUUAUGGCAUCUUUACUAGUGAAAAGCUUUUCCCGAAAUUGGCGCGCGGUUUCCAAUAUAAAGUCGUCUGCUAUUCGUCCGGCGUCUGCUUCAUUGGAGAGAAGUAUUCAGAGCACAGCAGUCCAACAUGACAUUAAAGCUGACAAGGUAGAGGUGAUAUUUGUGAAAACUAACGGCGAGAAGAUUAAAGCGGUUGGUAAAGUCGGUGACAGUCUCCUGGAUAUAGUUGUGAGCAAUAGCAUAGAUUUGGAUGGGUUUGGUGCAUGUGAGGGAACCUUAACCUGUUCCACAUGCCACUUAAUCCUGAAAAAAGAGGACUAUGAUCGUUUGCCAGAGAAACCUACAGAUGAAGAGCUAGACAUGCUUGAUUUAGCGUAUGAUCCUACAGACACGUCACGUUUGGGAUGCCAGAUCAUUAUGACGAAAGAUCUCAAUGGUUUAGAAGUAAAGGUUCCUGCAGGCAUAAAUGAUGCACGCAGCUAACACGUGUGCGCCCCCCCCCCCCCUUUUUCACUUACACACACACACACACACACACACACACACACACACACACACACACACACUCUCUCUCUCUCUCUCUCUCUCUCUCUCUCUCUCUCUCUCUCUCUUUACCUCAGUGACUGACUCUUAAUAGGAG